UUCCAAAUAGACAAUGCAAAACCACAUGCUGCACACAUUACAAAGGCACUGUCACUUAAAUUUACUAGUGUUUGUAUUGUAUGCACCCCUGACAGUAGUUACCACCACUAUGUUGACACCCACCCUCCUCCACCAUCCAUAAACUAGUGCAAACAACCUAUAGCAGAUGUAGGCCUGAACCCUCACACAUUUGUAUGUUGCUGGAAGCAGUAAGCAGUAAGCUGCAGUGAGGAUCUAAUGGAAGACGGGAUGCUCAGAAGGGCGUUUCUCUGCUACCUGCUAUGUGAUGUCAUACCACAGUGUCUCGGCACGGGUCUUCACGCUCAGACUGUACCUGUUUCCAUCCAAACACUCCAAAACACCUGUCCUCAGACCACAGUCGGAGGAACCACCUUCCCAGGGUUUUAUAUAAUGGCUCAGUUCCAGAUCGCAGAGCUGGCUCGGAGAGGAACUGUUAAAAGAGUACCCGGACCGACCCGUCAGAAACCGGCUUACAGAAUUGGACCCGAGUUCAACUUCAGAAUCAACACCAGGUCUGCGUACGCUAUGGGACUGCCGGAGCAGUUUCGGUUCGAGGCGGUGUUCCGGAUGGACGGGAACACGGCUGGUAAAGUCUGGAAUAUUUGGCAGAUGCAGGAUCUGAGCGGUAGGGAGCAGCUGGCGGUGCGGCUGAACGGACCGGCGCUGGCUCUGGAGUUCUCCUACAUCACGGCGGAGAACCGGCCAAUGACGGCUCUGUUCCCGUACCUGCCGCACCUCUUUAACACCCGCUGGCAUCAGCUGGCACUGGUGGUGAGGAGGAGCUCGGUGUCUCUUAUACUGGACUGUCUACCCGUCGACUCCCAGCAGCUGCCGGCCAGAGCGCCCGCCAACCUGGACGGCUUCACCCACAUCGGCAAACUCAAGGAUAAUCCGGCGGUUUCAGUUCCGUUUGAGCUGCAGUCCAUGCUGAUUUACUGCGAUGCAUCGACUCCACAGAGAGACGCCUGCGGAGAUUUACCCGCCAGCAGAUCGAUAGAGGAGGCGGAGUUUGAGAGGAACGGAGCACCAGCUGGACCACCAGGACCCGCCGGAGUGCCGGGGAUCGAUGGGAUUUCUGGGGAUCGAGGUGAGGAUGGAGAGGACGGCUCGGCGGGACCGGAUGGCGACGCUGGAAAGCCCGGUUCUGCAGGACUUCCCGGGCUGCCUGGAGCUGAUGGUUUGAUGGGCCCGACGGGAGACGCAGGUCCAGACGGCCCCCCCGGACCGAAGGGAGAACCUGGUAAACCUGGACCUCGUGGAGAAUCUGGUUCUGGCCCGGAUGGACCCCCUGGACCACCCGGGCCUGGUGGGCUUCCGGGCGAGCUCGGUAAAGUUGGACAACCUGGGCCAAUGGGCGUCAGAGGGCCACAGGGACCCCGGGGACCAGCCGGACCUCGCGGUGCUACAGGAGUAAUGGGCGCAACAAUGGAACUGUGCCCCAAUGCGUGUCCACCUGGUACACCUGGCCAUCCUGGUCUACCUGGCAUGAAGGGUCACAAAGGUGUGAAAGGAGAGUCUGGAGAACCUGGUAAACAGGGACACAAGGGAGAAGAGGGGGAUCAGGGAGCUACGGGAGAUGUUGGAUCUCAGGGCCCGACUGGUCCGCAGGGAAUCCGAGGGGCUACGGGAAUGAUGGGAGCCAAAGGCGAGAUGGGAGCUCGAGGCAACGAUGGAGAUCCGGGUCCUCAGGGAGUCGCGGGAGCAGCUGGGGAUCGUGGCCAGAGAGGAACAAUGGGAGAGUCUGGUCCGAAAGGUGAACAGGGACCCCUAGGACAAAGAGGCAUCACCGGUCUUCCUGGGCCAAAAGGCGGAGCUGGUUUGCCGGGUGUCCCUGGGCCUAAAGGAGGUAGUGGUGUGAAGGGUAACUUAGGACAGCCAGGUCUGAUUGGAACUAUGGGAUCUGCUGGGAGACAGGGAGAACGUGGAGAACAGGGAGAAGUUGGACCUAUUGGACCCAUUGGUGGAGCAGGAGACAGAGGAGAACAGGGACCACCUGGACCAAUGGGGAAACCUGGAACCAGAGGCCCGAAAGGCGACCUCGGUCUGCCCGGACUGCCCGGACCCCCGGGCGUGCCUGGAGAGAAAGGAGAGCGGGGUGAAUCCGGUGAACCUGGACCUAAAGGAGAACAGGGGGAACAAGGCUCUGAGGGGAACCCUGGAGAUAAAGGAGACGUGGGAAGCACUGGAGAGCCUGGACCUAAAGGAGACGUUGGCAACCCAGGAGAGCCGGGGAACAGGGGUCCAGAGGGAGCCCGCGGGCAGUCCGGCAUCGAGGGACCCCAGGGCAGUCCAGGACCCCGCGGCAUGCAGGGGGACCGAGGAUCACCGGGCCCCCGCGGGACACAGGGACCAGCGGGGAAAGCGCCGAGCGAUCAGCACAUCAGGCAGGUCUGCAUGCGGGUAAUGCAAGAGCAACUGGCCCAAUUAGCUGCCAGUCUGAGGAGACCUGAGUCUGGUGCUGCUGGACUUCCUGGAAAGCCCGGACCCCCUGGUCCUCCCGGUCCUCCUGGGGACAGCGGUUUCCCUGGACAAGCUGGAGCAAGAGGACUCCCUGGCCUUAAAGGACCUGCAGGACAACUCGGUCUCAAAGGACCUAAAGGUGAAAUGGGUGACCGGGGAUCGAGAGGGCCGACAGUGCGGGGAGAUAAAGGCAUGCCAGGACCACCUGGCCUUCCAGGUGAGCCUGGUAAGCCUGGUUACGGUCAAGAUGGCCGAGACGGUGAGCGAGGUCCUCCUGGUUACCCCGGACAACCUGGUGUUCCUGGGCCUCCUGGCACUGCUGGUCCACCUGGCUACUGCGACCCGUCAGCCUGUAACCUGAGCGCCGGCGCUGCCCACCAGUCCCUUCAAGACUCCAACAUUAAGGGACCAGGCGAUAACUGAGUCCCACCCUCAGGACAGUCAGGACAUCGUGGGGACGGAGAUGAAGACUGAGGCGGGGAAGAUGUGAGGACAGUCCAGUGCCGAUAACUGGUGGCUCGCACCCACCUCAUGUUUUUUUUUUUGUUUCAAUCUUCGGCAUAAACUGGAAGACUUUUAAACCUUGCAUUUUGAAGAGUUAGAUUUUGAAAAGUUUGUUUUUUUGCCUGAUUUUCAGCUUUGGGAACACCAGUUCCUGUUGACUCCUUUUGAACUUGUACCUUAGGUUCCCAGCUCUUCAUUUGACCAGACUUAUAGUUAUUUUUCUUAAACCAGAUCUUUGAAUCUGGACCCUGAAUCCACUUCCCAGUCCAGGACCCUAAAAUGUCUAUAUUGGUUGUACCGAACAUUACCUCGACAUUUACCUAUGGCCUUAUCCUACCAGCCUACUAGUACAAAGUCUGGAAAUUGUCCAGAAAUGCCCAAGUGGAGAAUUUCCCUUGCUUGAUUCAUCCCAGUGGCCGUAACUUACAAACUGAAUUUGUAAAAGGGCAGCCCAGGAUAAUGUCCAGACCUGAUUCUCUUAGACAUUAUCCAGAGUUACUCUAUUAAAAUGGCACAAGACUAGGAAUUGGAUUCAAGGUCUUCCAGAGUGGUAUUUUCUCGAUUCUCGAAAAGAUGCACCUGGACUUUACCUGGACUUUAUCUUGCCAGCCCAUUGCACAAAGACCAGGAUAAUGUUCUUCAGAAAUCCACUUGCUUAGUUCAUCCUAUGGGACAUAUGCUGCAAUUGUGAAGGACUGGAACUAGUGGACUGGAGUUUAAAGUCCAUAUCUUGUCCUAAACAUGAUCCGGACUUUAUCCUUUCAGCAUCGUAAAACGAAGUCCAGGUAACAUCCAGAUCAUGUUCAAGAUAUGAACCUUGAGUUCAGGUUUCAGUCCUUUACUCAUGCAGCGUAUGGACAAUUUUGUGGAUUAGGCUCCAGGACAUUACCUGUUCGAUUCACACAUGGGCUCAUUUUGGCAUUUCCCAGACUUUGUACUAGUAGGUCGGCAGGAUAAAGUCUGGGUAAUGUUCAGUACAACCAAUAUAGACUUUGUGCUCAGCUAUAUCAACAAAUACAGCUACUCAAAGUAACGUCCGGUUAACAAUUGCUCUUGCUUGAUUCAUUCCAGUGGCCGUAACCUGAAUUUGUAUAAGGACAGCUCAGGAUAAUGUCCAGACCUGAUUUUCAUUAUCCAGAGUUACAAGACAAGGAACUGGAUUCAAGGUCCAGAGAAAUGAGGACCUCAGCCUUACCAGUUUCUUCUGCAGAUCUUUCAGAGUGUUAUUUUCUAGAAUUCUCGAAGAUAUGCACUGGACUUUACCUGAACUUUAUCCUGCCAUGUUGGUUUUAAUUGUACAGAUAAUGUUCAAUAGAAUUCCACUUGCUUAGUCCAUCCUUGUGGCCAUACUCUGCAAUUGUGAAUGACUGGAACCUGAGUUUAAAGUCCAUAUCUUGCCCUAAACAUGAUCUAGACUUUAUCCUGCCAGAUCGUAGUUCAAAGUCUGGGUAAUGUCCGAGUAAGCCCAUGUGAGAGUCAAGCAAGUCAUUUUCUGGAGGAUCUCUGUCUCAGACCUAUCUGAUGACCUUACAGAAUUUUUUUUCUAGACUUUACAGAUUUGAAGACCUUUGUCUUAGAUCGUCUAGAGUGCUCUUAUCCAGAAUUCUCCUCAAAUGUAAUGGUUCUUCACCUGGUUGGCAGGUUCUGCUAAAAGCCUUCAGAUGGUUUAGAACCUUUUUAGAACUCUUUGGAAACAAUUGUUGUGUAUCCAGUGUACUAUACUACUAUACUGCGUGCCAAAGAUUAAGUUACUGUAAAGCCUAAAGUCAGAAGUCUUGUACAGGAACUUCAUGAAAGCUGUUUUUUUCUGAAAUAAAAAGGGAAAGAGUUUAGGAGCGUCCAAGAGUAAAGAUCCUUAUCUUGAUAUCGUCCAGGUUUGUCUUUUCAUGAGGUUUGUAUUUAUUUUGCAUUGGUAUUAUAUGAAGGUGAAACUGACGGUUGUACAGAAUUAGAAAAAUGAUGCAUUUUAAUAAAAUUUUGAAUGUUUUUGUAUUUCGUCUGAAGAA